GGAAGGAAAACAGAAAUGGAGCCAGUUUGCAAGAGCGCUCAGCCAGAGUGUACGUAGUGAGCGUUUUAGACGUAAAAGGAAAAGCCUGCCUGUUACCCAGCAGCAACAAGUACCACCUAAAAGGUUCUCCCUUUCAAGAAACAUAGUCACAGACAUCACCACUGCCCUUCCAGAAGAAGAGUUUAAUAAACAUGUUCAGGAACUCCAGCAGGAAUGGGGAUCUCAGAGGUGUAAUACUUCACACAUUGACAUGCUUUUCAAGGAAACUUACUGCAAUAGGAGGCAGUGGUUGCCACAGCUACCUACUGGGAGGCUGGCACCAAUACUGGAGAAAUUCCCAUGUUUUGAAGAGGGAAGCUAUGUCCUACAAGAGGUGGAGCGCAUGAUGCUGACAAAAAGUACAGCAUGGAUUGACAGACUUUCAAAAAUCAUAGAGGUCUUGCGUGACAGAUUACCAUCUCCUAACACAUGUAACAACAUUAGUGAUGAGCAUGUCGUGGAAGUCAUGAAGUUUAUUGAAAAAUCUGUUGCUUUUAAGAAGGGCAAGUUCUUGGGCUUCCUGCAACAAUAUGUUAUGCAUGACCCAUAUUGUCAUGAGAAGUCAUCUGACCACAAGCACUUCAUUGCACAAUAUCAGAGUCUCUUUGAAAACCAUUCGGAAAUAGCUGUAGUGAGGGACCUGAGCGUCUCAGGAUACGUGCCUAAGUGA